UACUUGAACUUUAGUCCUUGUUCCUCUGCUAUAAUAUCACUACUGAUCAUUAACUGUCUAACACUGUUGGUCGGUUACAAUAUGGAAAGUGAAGCUGCUCUGCAGCCAUAGUGGGAAUGAAAUGACCGUUGGUUGCUAUGGUUACACUGUUUGUUGUUGGUCAAGGUUAAUGAUAUGCUUGCCAUUGGCUGAGAAAACAGAUCCCAUUAUGAUGUCAUAAACAGAAGCGACUCUGCCUGUUGCUCUCACCUGUUUGAUCAUUAGACUGCUGAGCGCUGUUGCUGCAACAUCAGAACUCCAGUCUUUUCACUUUUUGCAUUUUUUACUUUUUCUUGUUACUUCAGAACUUUUUUCACUUUUUAUCGUAACUUCAAGAAACAAUAAUGGAAAAAGAAGAGAAAGAUAUUCGGAUAGAUAUGAAUGAUGAAGAAGAAACAGACGAUAUAAAUGCAGAAGAUCGUCCUUUCAUAAGGAGAUUCGGCAAGAUCAUGCUUGUACUUUUCAUUUGCCUCCUGGCUGGCUGCUAUUAUAUAUUUGUGGUGGAGCUGUGCAUAUUCACUGUACAGUUAUUAGAGGCAAAGAUCACCUUCCUGGUGAUUUUCCACCUUUUGUUCCUCCUGUGCGUCUGGUCCUAUCUCCGCACUGUUAUGACUCCUCCCGCUGUCCCUCCGGCAAAAUUCCGCCUGUCGGAGUCUGACAAGCAGCGGUACCUGAGUGAGAGAAAGCCAGAAGUGCUGCAGGAGAUCCUCGUUCGUAUGGCUAAAGACUUGCCUAUUUCUACUAAGGACUCAAAAGGAGCUUUUAGGUACUGUGACAUAUGCCAACUGCUAAAGCCAGAGAGGUGCCACCAUUGCCCAGUGUGUGACAUCUGUAUACUGAAACUGGAUCAUCACUGCGUCUUUCUAAAUAACUGUGUGGGAUUUUCGAACUACAAGUCCUUCCUCCUGUGCGUGGUUUAUGCAUUGCUAUUGUGCCUAUUCACUAGCGCAGUGUCACUUUAUGGCUCCAUACUAUUCUGGACUCAUCAGCUGCCCAACACCCAAGCCAAAGUGCCGAUCAUUGUGCUGUUCAGCUUGAGCACAUUCUGCUGUGUAAUGUUAUUACUAUUGUUAUAUAUUCAUUGCCAUUGGGCUGUAGAUAAUAUCACUUCUAGGGAGGGUGAAAGUGGCACAUGGAAUGAACGUUAUGACUUGGGUUUGAGCAAGAACCUGAGACAAGUGUUUGGAGAUGAAAAGAAAUAUUGGUUCCUCCCAGUCUUCAGCAGCUUAGGAGAUGGCUAUACAUUCCCAAUGACUGAUGCCACAAAGGACAUAGAAAAAAAUGCUGCUGCUGUUGCCAAAGACAUUACUGAGAGCCAGAACUGAAAAAUCACUGGACUGACAGUGACCACAGGGAAGACUACGAGGAAGAAUUUGCAAAAAAGGACUUAUAUAAAGUUUUUUUUUA